GAGGUGGUCACUCCGCAAAAAAAAAAGCCCACAGGGCCCCCGAUGGAGUCGGUGCAAUCAGCUGCGCGUCGUUUCUCGUUACGAUAAACAAGUAAUGAACGGCGAGAACCAGACAUUGAACAAUGGAGGGGAUGCUUUACAAGUGGACCAAUUAUAUAAGUGGUUGGCAGCCUCGCUGGUUUGUGCUCGAUGGAGGAACUUUGUCCUACUAUGACUCCCAGGAGGAUGCAUGGAAAGGAUGUAAGGGCAGCAUCAAAAUCUCAGUCUGUGAGAUCCAAGUCCAUUCCUCUGACUCCACCCGAGUGGACCUGACCAUACCGGGAGAGCAGUACUUUUACCUCAGAGCCAUCAACGCAGCAGAGAGGCAGAAAUGGCUGGUGGCGUUGGGAACCUCCAAAGCCUGCCUUACAGACAACCGAACAAAGAGAGAAAAGGAGCUUCAGGAGAACUCGGAGGCAUUGAAAACUAAGAUGUCAGAACUCAGAUUGUACUGUGACCUCCUUCUCCAACAAGUAAAAAAGAUCAAGGACAAUGAUGAGCUCGGAGACUUGGAGGAGACGGGCAUAGACACUGGAAACAUGGUAAAGUCUACAUGCACCACUUUCCUUAAGACUCUAGAGGAAUGCAUGCAGAUAGCAAAUCACACUUUUAGUUCAGAUGCGCCAUUACAGAGUCCCCCAGGAUCUCCUCCAGUAGCAGCCAUCAAACCCCAGAAGAUUAAACCUAUCAACCAUUUAAAUCAGAACCAUGGAGAAAAAUGGAUAGAUUUGGGUGAAACCUCAGGAGAAGCAAUUGCACAUGACAACCAGAGCCUUGACUCUGUAGCAGAGGGACCAGAUGAACCAGGUCGACCAGAACAUCAUCUUCCCUCAUCAGAUAUUGAUGAAAGCAACAACAGCUCAGUUCACGAGGAGCAAGUCGAUCCUACUGCACACACCAUCCAGAAUACCUCUGAGAUCGAACACUACGAGGAGCCCCCGGAGGGAGACGAGGAACACGAAGCCGAUGAUCAACAGGAGACGGAAGGGGAGCAGAACCACAAAGUGGACCAAAGUCAAGAGUACGACAACAACAACACGGAAGCAACCGCCGUCCAAGAGCAGCAGCAGCAACAUGAAGCCGUCGAGCAAGAGGAGCCUCUAAAGGAGGACGAGCCUUCCGGAGAUGCACAAGAGCCUGAAGACACAGAGCAGGUGGAAACUUUCUUCAGCACAAUGAGUCACAGAUUUAGUGAUAUAAGACUGGACGACGACAAUGGUAUCCCUACACAAGAGUUUUUGGACUCAUGCUAUGCAAUAGUGCCUGUAUUAGACAAACUGGGGUCCACAGUCUUUGCACCAGUUAAAAUGGAUUUUGUUGGAAAUAUCAAGAAAAUAAACCAGAAGUGGAUGUCGGACCCUGAGAGCUUCCCUACACUACAGUCCAUCGUGCUGCAGGAAAUCCAGACGAACGUGUCCCAGGUGCGGAACUCGGCCACCGAGGCUCUGCUGUGGCUCCGACGAGGCCUGAAGUUCCUCAAAGAGUUCCUGUCGGAGGUCAAUGCAGGAGAACGAGACAUCCACGGAGCGCUAAAUAACGCGUAUGGAAAGACCCUCCGACAGCACCAUGGAUGGGUUGUGCGGGGGGUGUUUGCUUUGGCCCUGAGAGCUGCCCCGAGUUAUCCAAGUUUCACCGCUGCCUUAGUGUCAAGAGAGGGCGACGAGCUGAAGAGCGGCUUCACCACUGGCAUGGACAGGGACCUGGGUGUGUACCUGCCGGCCAUGCAGAAGCAGCUGGGCCUCCUGGAUGCCCUGUAUGAAGAAUACAACCUGGAGUCUGACGAGGUUGUGUGAAGCACAGCAGGACAGAUCCUGACAGAACAGAGGGGCAGAGUAGUGUUUUAACUGCCGAAGGAAGGUGCCAAGUGUAUCUUGUGUACAAAAUAAUGUGAGCAUGUCCUGUGUGUCAGUGUGAGGCGUCUCCGGUGGUUCUUGAGCUCUACGACAGCAGAGCGGCUAGAGUUGACGAUGGUAUUAAUGUUUGUAGGAGUCCACAAGGGAAAAAGCAUUGGGCUUGACAAAAUGUAGAUUCCAGGUCUUGUUCAAAAGACCAUUGAAGGGACGUAUGGCCACGUUAUGCAGACUCCAACCAUAAUUAUUCAUGGUGACAUUUGUUUCUGGUGCACAUUUUGUCGAUGUUUCGUGGCUGAUUUUGUACUGUACCAUGUUUUAAGGUACAUGACCACAAUGUAUUUGGUACUGAACAGAUGAAAAUGAAAAGAAAUUCUUAACCAUCAUGAAACAAGGUGACACUCGCUACAAUCAUGAAGCUCCAUUCUGACAGAAACAAUGUCAGAUUGUUACAAUGCCCAUAUUUGCCUUAUGUAUGUGAUGAACUCACAUACUAGGCUAACUUUUAGUGUAUUGUGAACUUUCCCUGCACUGACCGUUGAUGUUAAGUGGAGAUUAUAAUCAAUGUUUAUGUAGUUUCUUUCCCACUAUUUUAACUCAAAUCCUCAUAUUUAGUAACGUAUAAUUCCAUUUGCUUCAGAGACUUUCCAUGGGACCAAUAAGGAGCUGUCAUCUGAAUGGCUUUAGCCUCUGCUGCCUACAGUUCCACAACACAAACACACACACACAAACACACAGAUGAAAUGAUACAGUGGCAUCUGUUGAAGUACUGAUAACUGCUGAGUAUUUAUGUGGACAUCCUCUGCACAAACCUAUGCAUUUCCACAGCGUCUAUUUAUUGUGUGUUAAGUUAUAAGUUCACAUUGAAGUCAUGGAGAUGGUUUCAGUCUGGCUUUUCUGUGAAUGUAUCCAGGAGGCAUGUUUAUUGAUUGCAUGGUUUUAUUUAUUAAAGAACCUACGUGCCAAUGGAAACUGAAUAUAGGCCAUGGUCUUGAGGUAACCAAGUAAAUUUGUAAUAAUAAUCGAAAGGGGAUAGAUUGUGAGCGUUAGAAUAUAUAGCUUCUGAAUUUCUUUAUCAAUAAUGAACAAUAACCAUCUAGAGGUUUGCUCUUAAUAUUUCCACCUUCUCAUCCACACACACACAGCUCUACCUGCACUUCAGUGUCGUCACCAGCUGUAAAUAAUACUUUAUGAUGUCACAUCAAAACUAAAACAAAUUAAAAGGGGGGGGGGGGCUGGGUUAAAGCAUGGCAGUAGAUUUACUGAGCUCUUGGAACAAAGUAGGAACAUCCUCCCAGGGCUUUUUUACUGAGACAUACCACAUAGUAUUUUACUUAACCUUUGUUUGUUUGUUUGAUUUUCAGGAAUGCAUACAAUGACACUAUUGUUGAACUAAUAAGUCAUUUGCAGCAGGUUUACUUUGCAGAUGUGCAAUGGGCCAAUUUUCUUUGCAGAUGAGAUCCAAAGUUAAUGCUGAAAAUAUGCUAUUGUAAUUUUAAUAUUACAUUUGUUUUGUUUUUCUAUGAAUGUAUAUAAGAUGCUAUUUGAAUUUUUACUUAAUAAAUGGUUACAUUGUC